AAAUUUAAGUCAAACUCCGGACGCACGGCUGGAUUGGUAAAGCUAGUGCGCCAUGUUGUCAAGUAUCUGAGUUUUACAAGCCUCAUUGAUCUUUUGACAGUUGUUGGACGGUCUAAUUGGUCACCAUUUUAGAUUGAAUUUAUCAUACAAAGUGCUAUCAUACCACCAUCCAUGCAACAAGCCGAUUUGAUCUUCUCAUGUUCUUGUUUCAACAAUACAUGACAUAGAUGCUACUCGUAUGAUCCAUGGUUUCAGUAAGUCGUGACUUCUAUUAGUCAAAACUUCCACUAGAUACCAUCUGUUGUUUUCCUUUGACAUGUUUGAGGUGACUUAUCACGAUGGCAUGUGAAUUCAGCUCAAUAGAGGGCGUCGUUUGUGAAGAAGCCGGCUGUGAAUCAAUUACUGACGUCACGUUCUUUGUGACGGAGAAGAAGAAGCUCUGUCAUGACUGUGCCUUGAAGAAAGAAUGCAUCGGAUUAGAAAGAAGAGGUCGGCUUGCUCUGUAUUGCGAAAAACAUGAUAAAACCAUGGACUUGUAUUGUAAGACGCAUGGCGAAGCUUUAUGUGUUUCAUGCGCUAUGAUAGAUCAUCGCCAACAACAAUGCAAGCAACAGGGUAUAAAGGACGCACUCCUAGAAAACAAAGCGAAGCUCAGCAUCCUCAAGGAAUAUACGGUGGACAAAUUAGAGCUAUUCCAAGACUAUGGAAAUGAGAUUCAUCAGAUUAAACCAGUUGCCGACGACCAUCUUCAGACUAUUAGGAAUGAGGUUGGUUCCGAAGUAGAAAGGGCUAUUGAAAGAGACAGAGCCAGGCAAGGGGAAGACUCUGAUAAAAUUGACCAGGAGAUCAAUGAUAAAAAUGAACAACUUCAAGAAGAGAUUCAAAAGCUCCAGAAUAAAAUUCAAAAGAACAACGACGAAAGAGAGAAGCGGCAUGAAGAAAAUCGUUCGAAUUCAGAGAAAAGACGAGAAACAAUCAAGGAUAAACAACGCAUUCUUCAUGCUGACAUUCAGAACAUCGCUCAAGAGAUCGAGAUAAAGAUUGGAGAGCUUGAAAAAGCAUGGCAAGACGACACAAAUGCAAGAAAAAAAGCAAAAGAGACACUGGACAAGAUUCUUGAAGACGAUAUAAGUAUUGUGAAAGAUGGACAUCGUGUGAAUGCAUCAGUGAGUGAGAAACUGAAAGAGCAACUGAACGGGGGUGAGGUGAAAGAACUGAUUCGUGUUAUAUCAGGUGUGAAGUUUGUGAAGGGUGUUGGGCGAGAGAAGUAUGAUGGAAGAAUUGAUGGGUAUGAUGGAGAGUGGAAGCUCAUUGAUACAAUCGAUGUCAGAGAUACAAUCAAAUACCCACGCCUUGUUGGAUGUAUAAGUAAAGAUCAUGUGAUGAUCACAAAUGGACCGACUAGUGAAGAACAUUGCAAUACCUACACAUUAGAUUUGAACAGUAAAAAUACCCAGAGAGUGAUCAUCGGUAAUCGAAUGUCUUGGGUUAUUACUUGUGCAGUGCUGAAUGGUGGCACGGUGGUAUGUGGUAGAUACAUCAAAGGUUGUAGAGGACGCAGUUUACCUGGAUGUAUCAGUGUAUACGACAGACAGUGGAAUCACAUCAAUGACGUCACAAUACCAAGGAACACAAUGCACGAUAGUACAUGGGUGUGUGUUGAAGCUGAUCAGGAUGGAACGAUCAUCGCAGCCGAGGGGAAUCAGCCUAAGAUAUAUGCCAUCAACCUAGCUGAUGCUACCAUUAUCAAUACGAUCACGUGUCAAGAGGAUAUGAGAAUGAGCUGUGUGCUGUCAUCAGGUCACAUCAUCACUCGAAAAACACCAUUUGAUCGUAGGGUGCGCAUCAUUAACAGGGGCGGUGAUCAUACGGAAAUCUCCCACACUGACAUCAUUUACAAUGUGUGCGUUGAUCGUAUGACAGACGACCUCUACGUCGUGACAUCUGAUGAUGAGUACAAGACGUGUGUAAUUGAUCAGGUGACGAGUGGGGGUGAUGUAAUAAAGAGAAGAGUAACAUAAUUUCCUUUAUCAAUUAGACUCACACUGGCUACGAGAUCCGCUCACAUUGUCGCGUCUCGAGUGACGAUGACGUCAUCGGGAAAUAUGCUUGCAUGUGAUGGCGAUACUAUUCUCAUAUUCAAAAAGCGCUUUAUCCUUUAGAUCGAUGGUAUCACAAUUAUGAUAUUACUGAACAUGUAUGGUUUAAUUUGGGAGAACCACUAGGAAGAAUGAUUAUGAUUUAACUUUGUUUUUUUGUCGAUCAUUAUACAUAAUACUUAACAAUAUUCAAACCUAAGCUCUUACAUCCAGGAACCUAGAUAUUUGUGAGGGAUAGUGAAUGGCAUGGUAUUGUGUGCGACAUCAAAAAUUGUUAACACCAAUACAAGUAAGAAGAGGAAGAGGUAGAAGGAGUGUGAUAUGUAUUAAUUUGAUAGUAUUACCAAUGAUAAUGGGCUUGACAAUAUUCUACCUUGAGAAGCUUGAAGACGUUUUGUUCUAGACUCACGUGCUGGCAUAGGCAAGUCGGGACUGCGUCACUCGAAACAGUAUUCCAUUGUUUCAACAAUUUUAAAACCAAACUAUACCGGAAUACUUUCUUUGUUUCAGUUAAAAUUAAUCAAAAUGACUGCCGAAUAGGAUGAUCAUCGCAUUUCAUCGUGUAUUAUUCAAUUUAUUUUAUACCUUUGUAUGACUACUUGCGUUCCUCAUUAAACAGUUCAUUUUGUAUCAUACUGCAUUAUUAUUUUACCCUUUAUACUCUACCACGUGAUGAUUAAAUGAAGCAUUUCUUUCUUUUUAAAAUUGAUUUCAGUGUUAUCUUUAUAUAGUAGUGAAAAUGUAAAAUACAAAAACUAUAAAUAACAUAACUAUAGUAUAGGACUUUCGAUGACAUUUAUUCAUUGAAACUUACUUUUACAAGCAUGAAAAUAAUUUAUCUUCUGUAUCUACAGUAUAUCAAAGAAAGAUAAAGCGGUUUGAAAAUUUGAGAGUUUUGUAAGGUAUACAUGGUAAAGAGAAUAUACGGUAUAUUACAUUUACGCAUUUAACAUGUCUGAUGAUUAAUUUCAAUGAUAUCUUAAGUUGUGAACUUAAGUGAGAUUAAAGGCUACAAUUACUGUCUAUUAUUCUUUCUUUCUUAUUACUUGUAUAUUUGUUUGUUUAUAUUCAUGAAUUUUGAUAAAAUAUUAUUACAAACAAACGAACUGUACCGUUGGUUAAAAGGUACAACAUAAUAUCUGACCAUGGAGUUGCAUAGUUGCUUGUUGCAAAGAACAUAAACGUAUUUUUGGGUAUAAUAAUUAAAUUUUCAACGAUUGACUUUAGGCAUGGCUGGUGAAACUUUCUUGUUCGCAAAACUUUACGAACUGCCUCUCGAAACGUCCGCUGUUCUGCUAAUGGCAACUAACACUGUUUUCUUCUUUUAAAAUAUAUAUUGUAAUCGCUCAAUCAGUUGGAAAUAUGUAAUCGAUAUAGCAAUCAAUUCGCUUUUGCAAAGAUCUUUUAACUUUUUAUCUUGCUUUAACUUUUACGAAUUGUAUAUAGGUCCUAUACAAGUUCAGAAAUUCAUAAAGGCUUGCGUUAUCAUUAGCUAUGUAAACCAAAAGUGGGAUACCAAGAUUUUAAACGGUUUCACUUUCAUGAUCGUCAUCAAUAUUCAUUGCUCAUUGACAUCUUCCCAAUUGCGAAACUAUUCACUAAUUCUUGUUUAAAAAAUGCACGAUUUUGUAUUUUGAAUAGUGUUGGAAUACGAAGAGGGGCGGAUCCAUGAUUCCAGAUGAGGGCAAAAAGAAUGCCUAAAGAAUGUGACAAUUCCCCCAGAAGCGAGGGGAAAAUGAUUAUUCCAAAAUAUAUACUAUUUCCUCUCUAUCUGUCUGUCUGUCUCUCUCCCACUCUCUACAAAAAAUGACAAGCAAAGAAAGAAAGAAAGAAAGAAAAAAAAUGGUAAGGUCUAUCACUGUUUUCAUUCUCACUUCCAACGACAGCAAGGGGGGGGUGCUCCUUUAUGUGCCCCAACAUGGAUCCGCGCCUGACGAAAAAGUUGACACUGUUGAAUAGGCCUAAAUCUUGGUAAAAAAAAAGAUGUAUUGCUCGUUCUCGUCAGUUUCGUGUAUUAUUUGUACAACAGUCUUGAUCCAUUUAGUCUCCGACAACAUAAAUUCAUAGACUUUGCAUGGUGCAAGUUACACUCAAAAUCAAUAUAUUAUAUAAAAUCCUCUCUGCGUGCUUAGUAUGUGUUUUCAUUUUCAAUAAAGGUAUUCCCCAU